AUGUCACCAUUUAAAGUGGUAAGGAAACUUAUUUACUUGUAUUAUGUUACAGAAUUUGUUGUUGUCAGUGGUGAACCGUUGUUUUUUCUAAUUGAGACACCGCAAAAAUUAGCGUACACGUAUGAGAUACGUUCAUCGGACGCGAUUGGUGCGCGGUUCCCAUCGACACCGUUUAAAAAUAUUCCACUAAGAUAUGCGGAACCAUCUCACGCUUGCUCUCAAAUUCUGCCUCUUUUUCAAGAUGCUGUGCUGAUAGAAAGAGGGUCUUGUCCUUUCAUCACUAAGGCGUUGUAUGCUAGUAAGGCAGGUGCAAGAGUGGCUAUAAUAACUGAAUCGUCUUCAGAAUCUUCCAAAUGGAUCGACAUGGUUGGUGAUGGCAGCGAUAAAAAGUCUGACAUUCCUGUAGCUUUUCUACCUGGUGCUUCAGGAAAGAGAAUUCGUGAUUAUCUAAUGUAUGGUGGUGGGGAAGUUCGAAUAACCAUUCCUCUGAACCUUUCGAAAUUCGACGUUAGGACGUAUCAAGCAAAACCUCCAUGGGAACUCUGGUAA